GUUUGCUACGCAGCGGUGUGGAGAGUGAGCCGCAGGCCUGGACCUCAGGGAACCGAGCCCACGCAGAAGGGCCAAAAUACUGGCUGCCUGGUUCAGGACCGGACAUCUAGCCAGCCUACAGACUUGGAGCUUCAGAGUCAUGACUACAAAGGAGUCAGGAGGUGCCAAAGCAGAGUCGGCUCUCUCUUCAUCAGCCAAUCCGAGCAAGCGAGUGUCUGAAAAACCAAACUAUGCUCUGAAAUUUACUCUGGUGGGACAUACGGAAGCAGUAUCAUCAGUUAAGUUUAGUCCUAAUGGAGAAUGGCUGGCAAGUUCUUCUGCUGAUAAAGUAAUUAUAAUUUGGGGCGCCUAUGAUGGAAAACAUGAGAAAACACUUAAAGGACACAAUCUGGAAAUAUCAGAUGUUGCCUGGUCAUCAGAUUCUGGUCGUCUUGUUUCUGCCUCAGAUGAUAAAACUCUAAAGAUUUGGGAUGUGAGAUCUGGAAAAUGUUUGAAAACGCUUACAGGGCACAGUGAUUAUGUUUUUUGCUGUAAUUUCAAUCCACCAUCUAACCUCAUCAUUUCAGGAUCUUUUGAUGAGAGCAUGAAAAUAUGGGAGGUGAAAACAGGAAAGUGCCUUAAGACUUUGUCUGCUCAUUCUGACCCAGUUUCUGCUGUUCACUUUAAUUGUAGCGGGUCCUUGAUAGUGUCAGGUAGCUAUGAUGGUGUCUGUCGAAUCUGGGAUGCUGCGUCAGGUCAGUGUUUAAAAACACUUGUUGAUGAUGAUAACCCUCCUGUCUCUUUUGUAAAAUUUUCUCCAAAUGGUAAAUAUAUUCUCAUUGCAACUUUGGACAGUACUCUUAAACUAUGGGAUUAUAGCAGAGGCAGAUGCCUGAAGACAUAUACUGGUCACAAGAACGAGAAAUACUGCAUAUUUGCCAGUUUUUCAGUUACUGGUGGAAAGUGGAUUGUGUCUGGUUCAGAGGAUAACCUGGUUUACAUUUGGAACCUUCAGACUAAAGAGAUUGUACAGAAAUUACAAGGCCAUACAGAUGUCGUAAUCUCAGCAGCUUGUCAUCCUACAGAAAACAUCAUUGCAUCAGCAGCAUUAGGAAAUGACAAAACAGUUAAAUUGUGGAUGAGUAAUUACUAAACCCUUUAGAAAUCAAGUAGUAGGGUCAAAUUGGCCAAAAAAAAAAAAAAAAGGUUAGGUAUU